AUGGCUCCCUCCAGCACAACAACUUCCACAUCCGGCACGAGACCCUCAUCGCCAGAGCGUGGAAGACCCUCUCUGCCGCCUCGCCCGAGUGAGCACGGUCUGCUGCAAAGUCGUCCUACCACAAGCCACCAGCAAGCCAGCAGUUUGCGACCAAGUCUUGCGAGCACGGCAACCACGGCUGUCUCCACGACCGAUGUCAAUACAUAUCACCGCCCAGACGGCACGCAAGAGGUGAAAGUCGUGCCUAGUCGUGGACAAUCCUCUCGUUCGAUAUACAGAUAUGGCAGCAACAAGAACAGCGAGGUAGGCGAGGACACGAGCAGUAUCAGAAGCUAUCUGCCAUUCCGUACAGCACGACAAGAUUCCGAAAGUAUUUUCGGAGGAGCUCUGGACGACGGCCUUCCUACUCUGAUCAAUGCGGAUGACCAGGACUUCUUCCGCAACGAGGGUAUGUAUGAGGAGAUUGAUUUUCAGCACGAGUUCGAGAACAUUGAGGACACCACGGACACAAGCGAAGAGCACGCCCAAGCACUGUGGAAGCAAAAGAAGAAGCACUACCUCAUCCUCUCAGCCGCCGGCAAGCCCAUAUAUACACGCCACGGCUCCGACCAGACCAUCUCCAGCUAUCUCGGUAUCAUCCAGACCAUCAUCUCGUCCUACGAUGCAGCAGAUGAUCCACUCCGAUCCUUCCAAGCCGGCCACGUCAAGUUCGUCAUCCUCGCACAGACCAACCUCUUCCUCGUCGCGAUCAGUGCUCUUUCCGAAUCCGACGCCCAACUCCGCGCCCAGUUAGACGCGAUGUACAUGCAGAUUCUAUCAACACUGACUCUGCCACCUUACUCACAUCUUCUCGCCGACAGCUUCACCAAAGGCUCACCUUCCACCCUCCUGUCCGCCCUGGAGUGCCUCAAGAUCCGCAAAUCACACCGUAACGUCAUCAACAGCACACUCGUCCGCGCUCGCGUCGAUGAUCUGCUGUACGGUCUCGUCGUUGCUGGCGGUCGCCUCGUCAGCGUCAUCCGUCCCAAGAAGCACUCCUUACACCCAGGCGACCUGCAGCUCAUCUUCAACAUGCUUUUCGAGGCGGAAGCCAUCAAGGCCGGUGGCGGCGACUCCUGGAUCCCCAUCUGCCUGCCCGGCUUCAACAAAACAGGCUACCUCUUCAUGUAUGUCAGCUACAUCUCCACCUCAGGCGCUGUGGCCCGCGAGGUCGAAGUCGAUGAGAAGAUCGCCAAAGAGGACGCCGUAGCAAUCAUCCUCCUCAGCGCGAACAAAGAGUCCUUCGAGUCCAUGCAAAGCAUGAAGCGCUAUCUUGUCCACGAAUUCACUCGCACAGGCAGCAUGCGCGUCAUCCAGUCCGCCCUGCAAGCUGCGCGUCCGUCCCCAACGGACAUCGUGCCCGGCACCGGCGUGCGGCACUUCCUCUUCAAGUCCCGCGGCAAUGUCCAAUUCUUCAUGCCAUCACUGUCUCCACACUACGACAACCUCAAUCGCAGGAGACAGCUUAUGACUAUCUACCACCAGCUACAUGCGAGCGUGCACGCGAAGCACGCAAGUGUAAAAGUGCACCACAGCGUCAGCUCGGUGGCAAGCGCACUGGCGUGGGUCACGCCUCUGUUUGAGCUGUACUGCGUGGCUGGCCCGACGAUGGCGAGGAAUGCGCUUGCGCAGAGUGCGAAUAGGAUCGUGCAGUGGGUGCAGCGGGAGGAGGAGAGGGUGUUCAUCAUUGGAGGCGCGGUCUUCUGA